GCAGCAGCAGAGGAGCAUAGACCAACACAGUCCCAACCAGGGACAGACAGGUUCAGCGACGUCCCCUGUCCCCACCGCACACCGCAGCAGGACCCGGACCCUGACAAAAGGAGGGAAAACUCUGCUCCGUUUUAUUUCAAGCUUUGCUCCAACGACAGAAGCUCUUUCACCAGGAACUUUGGUCCUCUGAGCUGCAGUCGCAGGAGCAUGAGACCGUGUAGAGAACCGCAUCCAUCUAAACUUUAGAAGUCUCUUUUAUUUUUCGGACUAGAACCUGAAAACUAAACUCCAAAUACGUGUUUAAUGGACAAAAAUCCUUUCGGUUUCUUUAAGUUUUAUUAGUUACUGGUAAUAAAAGUGGAAGAGCGGAUUAGAAGGAGACGUGGAUGUAUUUUUAGCCAUGGAUGUAACAGUUUACCCGCCUCCUCCUCAGCCUCUGUCCGCUUCAGACCGCACUAGGCUGGGCCAGCGCUCCUACCCUGACCCGGCUUUUGGGACCAACAAGCUGGACGGGGACACCAUGUUCCUGGGUAUGCCAGAAGCAGGCCUUGACUUCUCCUCUGCCAAUCAGUUUCGUGUGCCGCAGCCCCCUCACCCGCUCGGCAAGGUGACGCCACCGAACCCGGCGUCGCAGCAGUGGAGGAGGGACCCACACAUGGCCGACAGUCACCGUCUGCCCUGGUCCUAUUCGAUGAACGGUUUCAGUGAUGAGGAUUUCAACAUCCCGCCCAUCACUCCCCCAACUUUACCAGACCACAUACUGCCCCCUCACCUUCCCCAUGAUGCUUCCCCAAGACCGUACCAGCCUAUGGAGCCCCUGCCCAGCUUAGCUGCACACCAUCCCUACCAGCUGCAGGGCAUGGACCUUCCCGGCAUUCCCGUCAGCCAAGACGGAGCUGCUGGGCUGAACCAAGAUGGCGAGACGUUUAGUCCGGACGGCGGACCUAUGACCAGUACUCUUUCUGUGAUGCAGCAGAUGGUGAACUCAGACUCUCGAUUUACCAGCAGCCAGCAGCCAAUCAAAGCGGCACUUGGACCCAGGAGCCAAUCGAGCCUGAACCAACAAAACCAGCUGUCCACAAUCAACCAAUCCCAGCUGGGGCUGAAUGGGAACCCUGCUACCUACAAUUCCCCUUCUCCUCCUGGAAGUAAAUCUACAACACCAUCCCCUCCCAGUUCAGCCCAUGAGGAUGACAACGAUGAUGGAGUCAGGUCUAUCUCUGUUGCGACUUCGCAGGGAGAAAAGCGGCCGGCUGCAGCGGAUAUCUCAAAGAAGCCCAAAACGCCAAAGAAGAAGAAGCGAAAGGACCCCAACGAGCCAGUGAAGCCAGUGUCAGCCUACGCCUUGUUCUUCAGGGACACCCAGGCCAACAUCAAGGCUCAGAACCCCAAUGCAACCUUCGGAGAGGUGUCAAAGAUUGUGGCCUCCAUGUGGGACGGCCUGGGAGAGGAACAGAAACAGGUGUACAAGAAGAGAACAGAAACGGCUAAGAAGGAGUAUCUGAAACAACUGGCUGCCUACAGAGCCAGUCUGGUCUCACAGAGUUACAGUGACCCAUCCGAGAUGAAAGCCCCUCACUCUGCCUCCAACUCUUCCCCCUCUCCUACCUCAAUGUUCACACCCAAACCCUCUGUUUAUUCUGGUCUCCCAGGUCAGCACUCUUCCCCCAGCUCAAUCACCCACCCUCACUCUCUCCCUGCCCACCAGCACCCAGGCAUGUACAUGCCGUACCCGCACCCUUCACACCCUUCCCACUCCUCAAGCCCCGGCCUCGGCCAGCACAUACCCCCUCAUCACCAUCAGAUCCAUCCCCAGCUUCAGGCUCUGUCCUCUAGGGGGACAGUGCCACGGGCCAGCGUCCCCCACCAGGGAGCCCUGUCCCUCAACAAUGUGGCGGCGGCAUCCACCCCUCCUCUCCAGGUCAGCCCUCCUCUCCACAGUCAGGCACAUCUGGGAGGGCUGCAUAGCCCGCACCAUCAGCACCAGCAUCUCAGUGGGCACUCGCUGGGAAUGACACACUCCCCUGCCAUCACACAGGGCUACCAUCCUUCUCUCCAGUCUGACUACCAGUCAAUGGGAGGAGGUAUGCUGAAUAGUGGAGCAGUAAUGUCUUCAUCGAUGGAAUACCACCAGCUCGGCCGUCAUACACCGAACCACCACCCUUCCUUGGACUGGACCACUGAAUACCAUGGCAAUGGAGGUCUUCAGAGAGACAAACCUUUGUAUCUGAGCUAAUCUCAGGACAGAAUGGCACCAGAUAUGGGCCCUUCUACUGCCACAACGGCACCUCCAACAUUGAGUCGGCCUGGUACCGACUUAAACCCAAUGAAAUCUCCUACCACAAAUGGACUCGCAGUGGACUUCAAAGGGUGAACUAAAACGUAAAUUCAGCACUUAAAAAGCAAAACUCCAAGCAGAAGAAAAUCGAAUGAGCUUGUAAAAAUUACUACUAUCUCUUUAAAAUAUAACAGUUUUUGCAAAGUGAGAAACAACUGUUAGGGUAUAUCACUCAUUGCUUAAUUUUUCCCAUUUCUGCUGAAAAUAAGUAUAUGAAUGGAAAGCAGUGGAUAGAUCCUGUUCUGUGAACCAUGCUGUCUGGUGUAAAUACUCCCAACAUUUGAAUAUUUUCUGUCUUCACAGGCGUUUUUCAUACCUAGUUUCUUGUUUUUACUGAGGAUGGUGUUUAUAAUCAGCACCAGCAGGUUCUGUAAAUCAUCUGUAAAUUGCUGUAACAUAAUUGGUUAAAUGGACAAUUGAAAGCCAGCCUGUGUUUCCCUACAUUCAAAGCCAAAAGAGCACAGCAUUAAAAACUUGAUGAUAUAUACCAAAUAUUACUCCAGUUGUGUUUCCCCUACUGACUCGUUAAAUGAUGAUUCAAAGCAGUGUGGACUGAACUCUCCUGUGCUUAGGGUAAUCUGAGAAGGGAACACGUUAAAUACAGACCCCAUUUUUGUUGCUUUAUUAAGGAUAAAUAGGAGAAAACCCCCUUAAACCUUUGUUUGCUUGUUUAUCCAGGCUCUAAAUGUGAAUAAAUGUUUAAGAUUAAAUAACUUUCAUUGUCCUCUUAAAGAAAUCUAAAGUAUUUUAGUCCCUAAAAUGAUAAAAUGUUACACAUUUGUUCGUUCAUAAAAAAGAAGUACUCCUUUGUAAGAUGUCAGGUUCGCUUCCUGGCAUAUGUCUGUUGAUAAUACAGAUUUGGAUCCAAGCAGCGUGUGAGUGUGUGAGGUGUUAAUAAGACCGCAGACUGGCUGACUGGUUUGCAUGGUCUCUUUUAUCAUCUCUAUUUCUCUGAGCUCAGAGACUAUUUAAGAAACUGUAACUGUUGCCGGGUUGGCUGUGUUAUCAUGUUUUUUUUUUUUUUUUUAUCAAACGGAGGUUUGUUUUUGUGUUUAUGAUAUUGGAAAGAGGCAUAUCUGUGUUGCUCUGUAUCUCUUUGUAUUCAUGUGUUUUUUUGGCAGAUGAAAGGACUCUGGGCAUCAACCAUGAAGAUUUUCUUAUUUUUAGAUUCUAAUAAUGUGUUUGAGAAUAAAGUCAGUGCUGCACUGAUGUGCAGUCAUUACUUCAAAA